AGAAGGUGGAGGCAGAGUAGCCCAGGCAGUUCUGUAAUAAUGUUGACGUUGUCUCUGAAGCUUUAAGCAGAAGUUCCUUGUGCAGUUAAGCCUGGGACGCAAACACAGCAGGGUCAAAGUUGUCCAAUCCGUGCAUACAUGAAGAGACCAACACUCUUUCUCACUGGGGACUGCUAGGGAAAGCAACGACUUCCUUGGUCAAUAAGGGUAAUGAGUUAUGUCGUCUUGGUGGUGGGAUCAGUGGUCGCUGAGCCCGAACCGAACACUACGCUCCACCGGGCCAGACGACAAGACCUGCUUUAAUGCUACGCAGAACACUGUCCUGAACGGAGUCAGCUUUGGCGGCGUCCCUGUUGUGUUGCUGCUAAACUUUAGCGUCUUUUUGGUGUUGCUGAUCCUCUUUUCUGUUAUACGGAAGACGUUCUGGGACUAUGGACGUCUUGCACUGGUGGCAGACAAUGAAAGGGUCACUGAUUCGGGACGCCAACGUUACAGAAAUCUAUCAUCCUGUGCGUCCAUUGGGGAUGACGCAGAGUAUGAACUGGGCUUCUGUUCUUGGCUUCCUUAUAUCCUCAGAAUGGAUGACGACAAGAUAAAAGCCCGGUGUGGUAUAGACGCUGUCCACUACCUGUCCUUCCAGCGCCACCUCGUCAUCUUGCUGCUGGUCAUUACUGUCACUUCCCUGUCAAUUAUACUGCCUGUCAACCUGACAGGGGACCUAUUGGGCAACGAUCCACAGAGUUUUGGAAGGACGACUAUCGGGAAUCUUCAAAAGGGAAAUGACCUGUUGUGGCUGCACACUGUGUUUGCAGUCCUCUAUCUGGCCCUCACUGUUAUUGUCCUGCGACAUCACACAUCGCAAAUGAAAGACAUGGGAAGAGACACGACCAGAAACACCUUGUUUGUAAAGGCUGUACCUAAAACAGCGACAGAGGAGGAUGUAAGGACACAUUUCAUAGAGGCGUACCCCACCUGCAGAGUGUGUGCCGUCAACAUUGCCUACGAUGUGGCUAAGCUCAUGCAUCUGGACAAGGAAAGGGUUCGAGCAGGAAAAAACCUGCGCUACUACGAGCGUGUCCUAGAAAAGACAGGGAAGCGUGACACAAUAUACCCCCGACUGUGCGGUUACCUCUGUUGCUGUGCUAACUGUGACAAGGUGGACGCAAUAGAGUACUACAGCACUAAAGAAACAAACCUGCUGGAGGAGGUGAGGCAGCAGGUGGAGGUGGUGCCACAGCGCCCGCUGGGGCUGGCCUUUGUCACUUUGCAGACAGAAGCAAUGGCCAAGUACGUUCUGAAAGACUUCAACGCACUGGAAUGUGGUGGCAGGAGUUGUUGCUGUUGUGGCAGAGAGCCACAGCCUUCCACCAACAGUGGAGGUCUCAAAGUGAAAAAGUGGCAGGUCAGCUUUGCACCUCAUCCCAGAAAUGUUUACUGGGACCACCUCUCAGUGCAGGGUUUUUCCUGGUUCAUCCGCUACAUGAUGCUUAACUUCCUGCUUUUCUUCCUGCUUACCUUCCUGACAACGCCCACCAUCAUCAUCAACACCAUAGACAAGUUCAACGUCACCAAGCCCAUCUACUAUCUGAAUAGCCCUAUCGUCAGUCAGUUUUUCCCCACGCUCCUGCUGUGGUCCUUCUCUGCCCUUCUGCCCACCAUCGUCUACUACUCCACACUGGGGGAGGCACACUGGAGCAGGUCCAGUGAGCAGCUGAGUAUGUUGCACAAGCUUUACUUCUUCCUGCUCUUCAUGGUGCUCAUUCUUCCCUCACUAGGGCUCACCAGUCUUGCGUUGUUUUUCCGCUGGCUGUUUGACAAAGAAUUUCUAACAGAUGGGAAACUGCGGUUUGAGUGUGUGUUCCUACCAGACCAAGGGGCAUUUUUCGUGAAUUAUGUGAUCGCGGCGGGCCUGGUGGGCUCGGCCAUGGAUCUGUUGCGGCUGCCUGGCUUGCUGCUUUACACUAUUCGCUUGGUACUGGCUCGCUCCGCUGCCGAGAGGAAAUACGUCAAACAAAACCAGGCUUAUGAGUUUGAAUACGGGGCCAUGUAUGGCUGGAUCCUGUGUGUUUUGACGGUCAUCAUGGCAUACAGUGUGAUUUGUCCCAUUAUUGUACCUUUCGGUCUUUUAUACAUGAUGCUGAAGCACCUGGUGGACAAGCACAACUUGUACUUUGCCUACUUGCCGACACGCCUCGACCGCCAAGUCCACCUGAAGGCUGUCAAUCAAGCUCUGGCCGCGCCCAUCAUCUGCCUAAUAUGGCUUUAUUUCUUUUCCGUCCUCAGAACUGGUUUCCUGACCCCGACAUCUCUGUUCACCCUGGUGGUCCUGAUUAUCACUAUCAUCAUCUGCCUCAGCUACACCUGUUUCGGCCAUUUCCAGUACCUCAGUCCACACAAUUAUGAGGUGAACAAGAAAGAUGAGGACUCGCCUGAGGUAGUGGAGGAACACACUAUGGUUUACCUUCCAAGAGUGUUGGAUCCAAAAUCGUCAGUGGAGGCUUCAAACGGGUCUCAGACCCCGCAGUCUUACGGUUCUACUGAAGGCAGCCCGGCACACACCUCCAGUCUUGUAGGGGGCAGCGUGAUAGAAGACAAAGGCAUUGAAGUUCAACACUGAGCUAGAAUUAAGACAUUCACUGUAAUGCUGGGAUAUGUGCUUGUACUCUAGGAAGUUUUGGGGUCUGAUAUGUUUACACAAAAGCAACUUCGGGUGCCUUUACGAUAAGUGUCAAUUUAUCAAACAACAUUCCGCAAAUUGUUGACACUUUUUUUUAUAAUAUAAGCACCUGGGGAUAAGUUGAUUGGCAACACUAAAUUGGCCCUAGUGUGUGAAUGUGAGUGUGAAUGUUGUCUGUCUAUCUGUGUUGGCCCUGCGAUGAGGUGGCGACUUGUCCAGGGUGUACCCUGCCUUCCGCCCGAUUGUAGCUGAGAUAGGCGCCAGCGCCCCCCGCGAUCCCAAAAGGGAAUAAGCGGUAGAAAAUGGAUGGAUGGAUGGAUAAUGCUAGUAUGCUUUUUGUCAAGUCUUGUGGAAUAAUGAGUCAUGUUGAGAGGGACAAUUGGUAGAAAAUAGAUGGAUGGAUGGAUGUUGCAUAAGAACAAAAUACGCAUUGACGCCAAAAACCCUAUGAAGCAUUGCGCUUAUGACUUUAGGUGGAACUGCACUUUUUUUUGGAAUUUUCUAACUUGUAAAUAAAAGUCUGCUUCCAGCGGAGCCAAUGGGAGGUUCUAUAUUUCGCCCAUAAAAUCCAAUAAGUAACCAUUCAAAAACCGCCAACAAUACUCAAUUUACAUUUCGGGAUUUGAAUAUUAACCAAGUAUUAGUAUUAUUGUUAUUAUAAGUGCUAAUCCAGACAAACUAUUUGUAAUGGCGCUGUGAUGACAGGCCUGUGUACAAAUUCAACAUGAUCGACUGGCGAGGUGUUUCCUUGCUUCCUUGCUCUCUGGAUGGAAUUUUCUUUUCUUUGUGAGGAUUAUGGUCCUCCGUCUGAACGGGAAUGUAACAAGAUUCUAUUAUUCGGCAUCGUAAUGACCGCAUACCUUGUACAGUAAUUGAUGUUUUAUUGUUGGUUGGCUCUCAUGAUAUCUGUAGUGAUCAAUUAUGAAGAAAAAAAAAGCUGUUUGUUUUUUAAAUUGAUGUGCCACGUAUGCUUAACAUGAUCAAAAUAUCUCAAUAUCAAAUGUUAUUAUAAAUGUGCCCAGUACUACAUUACAUAUAUAUUUACAUCAUGUAUAUAAAACCUUAAUGGAGGUGUUUGGAUGUUUUAGGACCUUAUAGGCAGAAUAGAGCAGCUGACAUAAGCUCCAUUGUAAGUGGGCUUUUAAUUGCAUUUAUUUAAUAUAUAGAAUGCAAAACAAUAACAUAUUUCAUCAUGUUCCUCAUAAUGAUUGUGAAUGACAGGCAAACUUUCAAAAAAAGUGCAGUUCCCCUUUAGUGAUUGAUUUUGCACUUUUUGUUUUAUUUACAUAUUGAAGCCUGUUCAUUAUUAACCAACAAGUGCCUGCUGUAGUUAUCCUGCGCUGUUGUGUUAGCCAUCAUGUCCAAGGUUUUUAUUUUUGAAGUAAUGAUGCUACUGAUGAAACUUGUGUUGGACAAAAUCCAUGCAUUCACAAAAUACAAACAUUUGAAGUAA